CAGUUGCCUGUUCCUCCAGCUCUAGUAUAUCAGAUACAUCAAGCCUUCUCAUGCACUGGAACAUAUAUCCACAUACAUACACACACAAAAUAAUGAAGUAAUAAUAAUGAUUAAUAAAUAAAAGAAAUCUCUAAAACAAAACACAUUGUUCUCACUUGUCUCAAAACUUUGGGGUAAGGCCGAUGAGAUGGCUCAUCAGGGAAGGGGACUACUCGCUACCAAGACUGAUGAUCUGAGUUUUAUCCCCAGAACCCAACUGGAGAGACGAGAGAACCACCACCUGAUAGUCAGCCUCUGACUUCUACCACAGCAUGAACAUGUACCCACACAUCCAAUAAAUAAUAAAUUGGUGAAAUAAACUUUUUCAAAGAAUAUUUUCCUUUGCACAUGUUGGAAAACUAUCCACUCAUUUUAUAGUAUUUAGAAAUAUUGGAGACCGGACCUUUGCACAGAAAAUACAUCAUAACGAGGAUGGAUCCAUUGUGAUGGGAUAAGUGUCCUUUAUAAGACAAGACAGGAGAGAGCAUGCUUUCCUCUCUCUGCUCUCUGCCACAUGUGAGCUCAGCAAAGAGAUGGCCACCUACAAGUCAGGUCUCACACAUGUGAGCACAGCAAAGAUGUGGCUGUCUGUAAUCCAGGAUUCACACAUGUGAGCUCAGCAAAGAGAUGGCUGUCUGCAAGCCAGGACUUGUCAGACCACAGACUUCUCAGUGCUUGGUCUUGACAUGCCAGCCUCCAGAAUAGUGAGAAAAGCAAACUUGUUCAAACCACCCAGUCUAUGAUAUUUUUUCUUUAUAAUUUAAAAAAUAUUUUUAUAUGUAUGACCAUAUUACCUGCACUUGUGUCUGCGUAUUUCCUGCAUGCCUGGUACCCUUGGAGGCCAGAAGAAGGCAUCAGAGUCUCCAGAACUGGAGUCAGAGGCAGUUGUGAGCUGUCACAUGGUUGCCGGGAAUGGAACCCAGGUCCUCUUGAAGAGAAGUAAAUUACCGUUCUUAACCACUGAGCCAUCGCUCCAGCCCCAUCUGUUUGUUUGUUUCUUUGUUUCAGGACAGAAUCUCAUUAUGUAGUCUUGGCUGAUCUGGGGCUAUGUAACCAAGGCUGGCCUCAAGCUCACAGAGAUCUGCCUACCUCUGCCUCUCAAAUGAUAGGAUUAAAGGCAUGCACCACCACCGCCCAGCAGCAAGGUAUUUGUCUGAACUAAGAUAGUUCUGCGCCAAGGUGGGGUUUCUCCAUAUGUAUGGAUUAACUUGCCUCUUUGGUAUGGAUGUAUACAAUUCAUUCUCCUAGCCAUUGGUACAUGUGUGCAGACCUGAUGGGGCUUCUGACUACACAUAGACCAACGUAUGGAUAUGGUGUCAUAUGUACCUACCGAAGGCACUGUGCACGCAUGCACACACACACACACACACACACACACACACACACACACAGAUUGAGGCUGGUGUAGCUAAGUCUGACCUCAAAUUUACUGUGUAGCUAUAGCUCCAGGUUCUCCUGCCUCAACCUCCCAAGGACUGGCAUUACGGGUAUGUGCCACCACAUCCAACUUCUCAUGUGUAUGUCUGAAGCUUUAGGUGCUCUUGUGAAAGGAAGACAUGCAUUCAUGACAUGCACACCCAUGUGCAUGGUCACACAUGUAUAUGUGCUUACCUCUUUGCUCUCCGGUUCAUCAGAUGACAGUCUAAGGAUAAGGUCUCUGCAUGCAAACUGCCUAGGGUAAGAGUGCUAAGCAUACAGAAGCCUGGCACAUAGUAGGUAUGGAGUAAAUGCAUAAAGCACACGUAUGGAUAGCCAGGACCCAGUACACAUGUCCCCACGUCCAGAGGAACCCCUGCCAUACUACAUGGUACAAAAGCUCCUACUUAUAUGGCCAUACACUUCUGUGAGCUGACAAACAGCCUUGAAGCUGCCAGGCUGAGCCAGAACACUCCAGGCUCCUCACUCGGCACAAGGAGGCUCCUGCUGUGUGUUGGUGCUUGCAUGGGGUGCAACCGAGGGUGCGUUGGCGGCAUGUGUGUGUGCGUGAACGUGUGUGUAUGCGAGUAGGAAGAGACGUUCUCUCUCUUAGACCUUGCUUCUUUCUGUGGUUUGGUUUCUAUAGAGACACUUCCUGUGGCAAAGAAAAGAGGUAGUGAGCUGGUGUUUCAGGAUGUGAAGGCCCGCAGGAGCACAGCGAGCUCUCUCCACUGCCUGCCUGCCAUCCCGAGAGAGCUCCCCGAUCCGUGCUUCUACAAUCCUUGUGGUGGGUGGCCCCCCGUGGCGGGGACCUGUGAUCAGCGGCGGUAUGCCAGGGAAGCCCAAGCACUUGGGUGUCCCCAACGGGCGCAUGGUUCUGGCUGUCUCCGAUGGGGAACUGACCAGCACAGCAGGUUCCCAGGGCCAGAGUGAGGGCCGAGGCAGCUCCCUCAGCAUCCACAGCCUCCCCAGUGGCCCCAGCAGCCCCUUCUCCACAGAUGAUCAGCCCGUGGCCAGCUGGGCCCUGUCCUUUGAGAGGCUGCUACAAGACCCACUGGGCCUGGCUUACUUCACUGAGUUCCUGAAGAAGGAAUUCAGUGCAGAGAACGUAACUUUCUGGAAAGCCUGCGAGCGGUUCCAACAGAUCCCAGCCAGUGACACCAAGCAGCUAUCUCAGGAGGCCCACAAUAUCUACCAUGAGUUCCUGUCCAGCCAGGCGCUGAGCCCGGUGAACAUCGACCGACAGGCCUGGCUUAGUGAGGAGGUGCUGGCCCAGCCCCGGCCGGAUAUGUUUCGAGCCCAGCAGCUUCAGAUCUUCAAUUUGAUGAAGUUCGACAGCUAUGCACGCUUCGUCAAAUCCCCGCUGUACCAAGAGUGCCUGCUGGCUGAGGCCGAGGGACGCCCCCUGCGGGAACCUGGCUCCACGCGCCUCGGCAGCCCCGACACCUCGAGGAAGAAGCCGAAGCUGAAGCCUGGGAAAUCGCUGCCGUUGGGCGUGGAGGAGUUGGGGCAGUUGCCGCUUGCUGAGGGCUCUUGUGGCCGCCCACUCCGCAAGUCUUUUCGUAGAGAGAUGACUGGUGGAGCCGUGAAUUCAGCACUGCGACGAGAGUCUCAGGGGUCCCUGAAUUCUUCCGCCAGUCUGGACCUGGGCUUCCUUGCCUUCGUGAGCAGCAAAUCUGAGAGCCACCGAAAGAGCCUUGGAAGUGGAGAGGCGGAGAGUGAAAGCCGGCCAGGGAAGUACUGCUGUGUGUACCUGCCUGAUGGCACCGCCUCUUUGGCCCUGGCUCGACCAGGCCUCACCAUCCGAGACAUGCUGGCAGGCAUCUGUGAGAAGAGAGGCCUCUCUCUACCUGACAUUAAGGUCUACCUGGUGGGCAAUGAGCAGAAGGCCCUGGUCCUGGAUCAGGAUUGCACGGUGCUGGCAGACCAGGAAGUACGACUGGAAAACAGGAUCACCUUCCAGCUGGAGUUGGCUAACCUGGAGCGUGUGGUGAGGAUCUCCGCUAAGCCCACCAAGCGUCUGCAGGAGGCGCUGCAGCCCAUCCUGGCAAAGCAUGGCCUGAGCCUGGAACAGGUGGUCCUGCAUCGCCCAGGGGAGAAGCAGCUGUUGGAUUUGGAGAAGCUAGUGAGCUCAGUGGCUUCACAGACACUGGUUUUGGACAUUCAUCCAGAUGCGAAGAUGAGUGAAGCCGGCAGCACAUCCCCCUGCCGUAGCCAGGGAUGCCUGCCUAGAACCCAGGACAAGGACGCUCAUCUUCCCCCAUUGCCCUCCAGUUUGCUUGUGGAAGAGGCCAGCAGUUCUACUGGGAAACGGCAGACCUGUGACAUUGAAGGCCUGGUGGAGCUGCUGAACCGGGUGCAGAGCAGUGGGGCCCAUGACCAGAGGGGACUUCUUCGCAAAGAAGACCUGGUACUUCCAGAAUUUCUGCAGCUUCCUUCCCAAAGGCCGGGCUCCCAGGAGGCUCCACCAUAGACUGAAUCAACCACCCAGCCUAAGGAGGGCCUUUCAGACUCCUCUGCCACCCAGCCCUCUGACGCCUGUGUAACAGUCCAGGUUGGCUGCAUGGUGCCUGGGCGGACCAAGCAUGCGUGGGUCCGCUCUGCAUGCCCUGUCUGCACCCUGAGUGUCCCUGGCCCCUUUCUGCUAUGGGCGGGCCCACAGAAGGAGCCAGGAAGGGAUGGAAGGGGAACUCAGAGGAACCACGUGCCCAAACUAUGGCUACCUGUUCUCAUAGGUUCACCUACCUGUGCUUUGCAGCUAGGCCAUCAGGGGAGGCCAGGCCAGCCUCUUGGCAUAAGCAUACUGAACACAAAUGGGUGACUUUGGCAGUGCCAGCCUCCUCAGCUUGUUCUAAGCUUUGGCAGGGGACAGGAGGAGGGGCUGGCCCCUCCUUAAUGAGUUGAUACAAGUAAAUUUCAGGCGCGCUGGUGAGCAGCCCCUCCCUCCAUUCACUUAGACUCUACUGUACAUAGGGAUUUUAUGGUUGGCUUGGGGCAGCUGGGUUUGUCCUGAAUGUAUGAUAUUGUUAUAAUAAUGAUAAUUAUUAUUAUUCA